GUAUUCAUUUAGGAUUGGGGUUCUUAUUAGAGCGCACUGUUACAGUGUUGUUUAGCUUGUGUAAUUACUGCAUGUACUUUAAUUAUGUCUCGUCUAUUAAAAGGUACUUGGAUGCAAUUUUUCAAAGAUGCAGGCAUCCCAAUGACAGCAGCAAAAAGGUACACCAUUGUUUUUGACGACAAUCGGAUCACCAAAGAUUUGUUGCCGGACUUGUCCAAGGAGAUUCUAUUGGACAUGGGAAUCAAAGUUAUGGGCGACAUCUUGUGCAUUUUAAAGCAUGCAAAGAAGGAGAUGAUGAAGACUGAGCUUUGUGGUGGUGAUGGUGUUAUGUUGCCUCUGGCUCAUUCCACCACUCCCGGUCAGCAGGACCCUGUCUCCACCACCAGUGAGCCAAGCAAGCGACGAGAAGCAAGAGGUCAGGGUCUAUCUUCGCCUGAGAUUAUGCAAAGUGGUGGACUUCAACUGGGGAUUGCUGAAGCUAUUUCAAUUCUACCUACUAUGAGGUCUGACCAAACGCUGCUAGAUGCCACUGCCCUACGCCAACCAAACUAUGAGGAUACCAUUAUCACUGAGAGCUACAGCACUGCAGCGUAUGCAGAAAAGAACAAACACCAAAAGAGACAACCCACCAUCUAUGCUGAUGAGGAAGCUGAGUACUCCCCAGUGAAGCACCCUCGCGUUGUGGUCCUACCUGGAGAGAGGGGGCAGGAGAUGUACACGGCCACUGCCCUACAGAGAGCUGCUGCCAUUGCUGUUGCCUCUGCAGCUAUCAUGACUCAAGAAGAGACAGCAGCCACACAGAGAAACAAGAAAAUUUUGGAAGCUGCAGGUCUUGUUCCCUCUAGUGAGAAGUCAACUGGAGGCUCUGUAUUCUCACGUCUGGAUGGUGAUGGUUCAUCUAGCAGUGCCCACGUUUCUUCCCCACCUACCUCUUCUCACCCAAAGCAAUUUCCCCCUUCAACCAGGGUAUCUGCCAGCUCACAAGUUACGGUCACAAUGAAUUCAUCAAAGACUAGAACCGCAGUCGACUCCUCGAAACCAAGAACGAUCAAGUUGGGAAAGGAACGAAAAGAAGCUAUUUCGACUUCCGAUAUUAAGACCACAUCUCGGGCACGAAAAUCGGCUAUGGUUAAUCGACUUGGUGAAGUAUCUUCCGUGAGGAAUACUGAGAGAGAGAGGACAAGUCUUCGAAGUGUAUCAUCUAGCGAGGGUCCAACUAUGCGAUUCAGAGUCGGAAAACAAAAGAAAUCACACACAUCUGUCUCGAGCUCCAGUGGUGAAGUUUUGAGGAAGUCGUCUUCAAGAAAAAAGGAGGAGGGAGGUCGUCCAAUGAGCAUGGUGGCUGAUGAGAUGGACUAUCAGACCCAGCGACAAAGUGACGUUCGAUCACGACUGGAGCUAAAGGAGAAAGAGAAAGCUGCCCGAAGAAGAGGCCCCCUCGCUGGACGCUUAGAAAAGCACCAUGUUUUUGGUCGCUUAGAAUAAACAUAUUAUUUUCAUAACUUCUACACUUAUAGUUAUGAUGUCAACUAUUAUUGUCAUGCAUAAUUAUAUUUCUCUUG